UUUUUUUUUUUGAUGACCGUGGUAUCCGAAUGCCCCGAGGGGAUCCGACUAGCACCUAAUGACCGUCCGGGUAAAUCUGAGCCACUAAGGGCCCGCCGGAGCCCGCCGAAGGCAUCCACGAGAGCUGGGUAUCCUCAUGUAAUAAGCCCAGUGGCCACGCGCAGUUGGAAGUGUCCGUAUUAGGCCCAAAGGUCCCUCAAGAGCAACAUCCGCCAGAGUUGGCCCUCGAACCCAAGACCUCCCGAAGGAGGGGGAAGGGAGCGAGAUUGUUCAACUACCACUGGACCACUAACGCGCGGUUAAAUUAUUAUAAUUUUCCUGGUCAAUAAUUUUUAAUUUUAUUUAUUUUAGUUUAGAUUUAAAAUAAAAAAUAAUGCUAUAACCAAUUAAUAUCACUUGCCAAAUAAUCUAAAUUAUGAUGACAAAAAAAUCUAAAUUAUAUUACAAAUAAUAUUAUUUUCAGAUAAUAACACAAUAUAUCUAAGAAUUAUCUUAUUUUUAAAAUUAUAUUUUUAAAAAAUUUAUUAUCGUCCUACAUAUUAAAUGAGAAGUCACUUAAAAUGAUUUUUGCUUAGGUGUCCAUCGUAGAGAGAGUUUAAGAAAAAAAUGUUAUAAUAUGAUUGGUGAGAAAUUUUCAAUUUUCAAUUAUUUUAAUUUGAUCUAAAAUAAAAGGUAAGUCUAAAACUAAUUAAUACCACUUACCAAAUAAACUUAAAGAUAUUACAAAUAAUAAUUAUAGUAAUUAAUUCAAAAUUCUAAAAAGUGGAAAAAUGUUUGAUUAAUUCGUUUAUAUCUAUAUACUAAAUAAAAUAAUUAAUAGAACACAAUUUAUACAAAACAAUAUAAUUAUUUCAUAUUCUUAUAUAAAAUAUUAUAUUUGUAUAUAAAGUAUUAUAAUAACUAUUAAUGUCUUAUAAUGUCCAUAUAUGUCUUAUAAGUCAUUUAUAAAAUAAUCUGUCAUGGCUUAUUUUUAAAAAUUAUUUAUAAGAGUUUAUCAAACAUUUAUAAAAAAUAGAAAUCCUCAUAUAUAUCAAACGAGAAGUCACUUAAGUGAUUUUUACUUGCGUAUCGUUCAUUUUUUAAUUCUUAAGAAAAUUGUUAUAAUUUUCUUGGUCAAUAAUUUUUAAUUUAAUUUAUUUUAUUUUAGAUUUAAAAUAAAAAUUAAAGCUAGAACAAAUUAAUAUUAGAGUGAAUCGGUUGAAAACCAUAAACAAAUGAAAAUACCUAUGAUUUGACUCAUUUGUCUCUAUGGAAAAAGGUAUAACAUUGUGGGAUUUAGGGUGUUUGGUUAAUUAGGAUAAAAGUGUAGUGUAUGGGGUGCAAUUUCCCUUAAUAUUACUUGCUAAAUAAUCUAUAUUAUGAUGACAAAAAAAAUCUAAAUUAUAUUUCAAAUAAUAUUAUUUUCAGAUAAUAACACAGUAUAUCUAAGAAUGAUCUUACUUUUAAAAUUAUAUUUUUGAAAAUUUAUUAUAUUGAAUUAUAAUUAAUUAUUUAAUAUCUCAUAUAAAUAUAAUAUUAGUAAAAUAAAAUUUGUUUUAAAUUAUAUAUAAAAAUUCAUUAAUGAUAAUAUUAAUAUUAACCAUUUUAACUUUUAAUGUGAGAGCUCAGUUGCAAAAAAAUCACUUCGCAAAUAAUAGUAUAGAAGAGGUAUGUUCCGUAUCAUCAUAACACUUAAAUUCGUAAGUUUGGUUAGAAAAAAUCUAACAAAAUAAAUAUUUUUUUAUCAAUUAAUUAAGUUUGGUAAGUUUAGAUAGAGAAGAAUCCAUCAAAAUAAAUCAAUUAUGAUUUAUUUCCUUUUGUAGAAAAUUUGUUAUUUAUUUCUAAAAAAUAUUUCAGUUUUAAUAAUAUAGAUUAAGAUACAAGCUACCGUAUAUAUAGGUUAUAUUAAUAUUUUCUUCUCCACUUUCUGCACAGAUACAAUGCUAUCAGCUAUGACGAAAACUCUACUUGCAUUGUUAAUCAUCUUCUCUCUGUUUCAUGUCCCUGCUUUUGCGGUGAAAAAGAAGUCGUACAUUGUUUACUUGGGAUCUCACUCACAUGGCCCUGAAGUCUCCUCCUUAGCCCUUAAACGUGUAGCUGAAUCUCAUCAUGAGUUGCUGGGAUCCUUUUUGGGAAGUCAUGAGAAGGCUAGAAACGCAAUCUUCUACUCAUACGAUAGACAUAUCAACGGCUUUGCAGCAGUUCUUGAAGAAGAAGAAGCUGAAGCUAUUUCAAAGCAUCCGAAUGUGAUCAGUGUGUUUCUAGACAAGGGGAAGAAGUUGCAUACAACACAUUCUUGGGAGUUCAUGCAAUUGGAGAAGGAUGGUGUGAUCCCGUCAAGUUCCUUGUGGUCAAAGGCAAGACUUGGUGAAGACACAAUCAUCGGAAACAUUGACACUGGUGUCUGGUCUGAAUCCCAAAGCUUUAGCCCACAUGGUCUUGGACCUGUUCCUUGUCGAUGGAAAGGAAGUUGCAACACCGCUGGCAAUGUUAGUUGCAACAGGAAGCUUAUAGGGACAAGGUACUUCAACAAAGGAUACUUAGUUUCCGCGGGUCUCAACAGCAACUCUUCCUUUGAGUCUGCUCGUGACCAUAAUGGUCACGGCACUCACACGCUCUCAACAGCAGGAGGCCACUUUGUCCGGGGAGCUAGCGUCUUCGGUGUAGGCAACGGAACUGCGAAAGGAGGCUCUCCAUUGUCCAGAGUAGCUUCCUACAAGGCCUGCUGGCCUCCUGUUAACGGCUCUGAGUGCUUUGACGCUGAUAUCUUGGCUGCCUUUGAUAUGGCCAUCCAUGAUGGUGUUGAUGUCCUCUCCGUCUCUCUCGGUGGUGAUCCUGCUGAUUACUUCGCAGAUGGCAUUGCCAUCGGCUCCUUCCACGCUGUUAAACAUGGUAUCACUGUGGUCUGUUCCGCUGGAAACUCUGGCCCCGCUCCUGCAACUGUCUCAAACGUGGCCCCUUGGAUACUCACCGUAGCAGCCAGCACGCUAGACCGUGAGUUCCAGUCCUUUGUGCAGCUUGCGAGUGGCGAACGGUUCAAGGGAGAAAGCAUGUCAAAGGCCUUGCCUGCAGGGAAAAUGUUUAGUCUCACAGCGGGAGCUCAAGCUAAACUUGCCAAUGCAUCUGCUAUAGAUGCGAUGCUUUGCAAAGAAGGCACGUUAGAUCCACACAAGGCAAAGGGUAAGAUCAUGGUGUGUCUGAGAGGAAACUCAUCAAGAGUGGAAAAAGGUAGACAAGCAGCUCAAGCUGGUGCUGCUGGUAUGAUUCUAUGCAAUGAUAAGGCAUCAGGGAAUGAUAUCACAGCUGAUCCUCAUUUUCUUCCUGCUACACAUAUCAACUUUUUCGAUAGUCAAGCCUUGUUCUCUUACGUUAACUCCACUUAUUUAGAGCCCAUGGGAACUCUUACUGCACCUGCAGCAGCUUUUGGCAUCAAACCAGCUCCAUACAUGGCAAAUUUCUCAUCUCAAGGACCUAACACUGUUACACCAGGAAUCCUUAAGCCUGACGUGACUGCUCCUGGGGUCGACAUCAUAGCCGCCUACACAAGGGAACAAAGUCUCAGCGGCUUGGAAUUUGAUCAUCGCACGACUGCAUUCUAUAUAGAAUCUGGCACUUCCAUGUCCUGCCCUCAUGUUGCUGGUGUUGCCGGUCUUCUCAGGACAAUGCACCCUUCAUGGAGUUCAGCUGCCAUCAGAUCUGCUAUCAUGACCACCGCGAGAACACGAGACAACAGAGUUAGCCCCAUGCUCAACGGGUCUUACGUGAAGGCAAACUCAUUCAACUACGGUUCAGGACAUAUCAGGCCAAACCGUGCAGGAGAUCCAGGAUUGGUCUAUGACUUGACACUGAACGACUACUUGGACUUUCUUUGCGCAGUUGGGUACAACCAAACGAUGAUUACGCUUUUCUCAGAGAGUCCUUCCUACAAAUGCCCCAAGGAAGCUAGUGUUGUAGACUUGAACUAUCCAUCCAUCACGGUGCCUAACCUCACAGGCUCUUCUGUGACUGUGACCCGGAAACUGAAGAAUGUAGGAUCCGUGGGCACUUAUGCGGCAAAUGUCAGGGAGCCACAUGGCGUGUCCGUGAAUGUUGAGCCGAGUGUGUUGAAGUUUGAUAGAGUUGGUCAAGUUAAAAGCUUUAAGAUGACACUGAAGCCUAAAUGGGUUGCAAAAGACUAUGCCUUUGGUGGUCUCACAUGGAGUGAUGGCAAACACUACGUAAGAAGUCCUAUUGUUGUCUCUACCGCCUAGUUGAUAGAGAGAGAGAGAGAGAGAGAGAGAGAGAGAGAGAGAGAGAGAGAGAGAGAUCCAUUAUGUUGACACAGCUUUUCUUUCUUGGUUUUACUCCUUUUUACCUAAUGAUCGAUGUUGGUGGUUGAAAUGAUCUAAUGCUGUUCACAGCAACAUUUUAUCUAAGUUUUUUACCGUUUCCUUUCUCAAAACUAACAAAAUAUAUAAGAGAAAAAGACAAAAAUAGCAUUAAAUC